UCACCAACCAGAGUGACGACCAACAAAACCUACGGCGAAGAUGCCGUCCACAUCUUCUGGAAGGAUUGUGAAGACUUCAAAAGGGAAGAAGGGAACGGCCCACUCAAAAAAUCAUAGAUGGGAAUCCUUCACCGCGAAGGUCUCGAAACUUAACUCUCUCGACCCUCUGCGACGAGUUCGCCGCCAUGAUCUCGACAGUGAAGAUCUCGGGGCAACAACGUCUUAUUUUAAGGCGGGGUUGGAACGAUGGCAGGAACUCAAUAUGUCCGAGCGGUUCAUACAGUUUUCAUACGAUGUAAGCCCGAUGUGCGACAGCUUGCCGCAAAUUCUACAUUUCGAGGACAAAAUCAUGGACCUUCUGGUCAGCUUUUUGGAGGCAAAAGAAAGGGAAUCGAUUGAACCUUUACUUUCACUGUUGACCGACUUUGCCCAUGACCUCGGUUUGCGCUUCGAAAAGUUCUAUGCCCGGGCAUUGUCGCUGGUUACAGACAUCGCAGGGACCAAGCAGGAUGUAGAGGUGAUUGAAUGGAGUUUUACCUGUUUGGCAUUCCUGUUCAAAUACCUAUCAAAGCUGCUUGUGAUGGACUUGCGCCCUACAUACGACCUUAUGGCUCCUCUACUUGGCAAGGAACGACAACAGCCACAUAUUGCUCGCUUUGCUGCCGAGGCGAUGAGCUUUCUCAUAAAAAAAGCAAGUGCGCCAGCUAUUCGAGAAAAGGCACUGCCGGUCAUAAUAUGUCACGCAAAGACUGACCUGGAAAAAACAAUUGGAACUCGUGAAUACGGGCUUUACUACCAUGGUAUCAUGACCAUGUUCGCCGAGUCGAUGAAAGGCAACGGACUGUCGAUCCACUCCUCGGCCCCUGCGACUUUGGACUCGAUGUUCGCACAGUACAGUUACUCUGAAGAGACGGAGGAGACAUAUUGGGCCUGGGGAGAUGUGAUAUGUGGUGUGUUGACUAGUCUUGUCCACCAUACGAGUUCAGAUACCUUGGGGGAGAUAAUCGACACUGUUCUCGCGCACUCCGAGGGAGUCGUCAAAUCGUUCGAGAAAUCACGAACUCCAGAGUCGUUUAAGCAGCUGAUGCUGUCGUCGAAAGCUAUAGGCGUGAUUGGAGGUGUCCGAAAGGGAUCGCGAGUUGCGAACUGGAAACCCUUCCUCUCCAGUAUAUCCGAUAUUUUACAAGCACUCUCCAGGACCACCGGGGCCUCAUUUUACGAUGAUCACGACCGUAUAAUAUGGGAAUCCGUUAUCUUAACUACAUCUAUGGCUCUUCAAUACUCGCCCAUGGAUGCUUUAAUACCUUACGCACCAAGGUUCUUGGAUUCACUUGCUAGAGAGCCCAUGGCCCGCUGGUUUUUGAUGUUUUGUUCAUACUUCACUAAGGUUGAUGUUGAGCGCUUCCGAAGCAUUAUUAUGCCAUAUUUUCAAAAAUUCAUUGUCACACAUUGGUCCGACAAAGAAAAUGAGGAUACACUGUGUGUUCUCGUUCCCAAGAUGGUUUCUUCGGGGGUAUUCAUUAGUAGCACCGGUGGUAAAGAUGGCUUCAAUAUCCCGCAAUCAUGGCAAGAUCAAAUGGUGAGCAAGUUUGAAAGGCUCGAAGUAUCACCAUUUCCUGAGCAAGCAUCUCCAACCUCAUACGGCAGUGGCACAAAAACAUGGCAUGAUCGUUGUCUACCAAGAUACUACGCCUUAUUAUCGAUAAUGGAUUGUACGACAGCCCAUCCCUCGACAAAUGCGAGAAUUGCAGAAAUACUCCAAAGAAAACUCAAACUUGCGCUGCGACCAUCCUCAGCAAUUGAACCCGAAGAAUCAAGAUUUAUUGCUGGCCGCGGCUUUGAGGCAUUUUCUCGCAUGACAAAAGCUGCCGGAGAGGUGGAUAUUUCCUUGGAACCUCUUCUCAGAGCAGCGGCUCCCAGAUAUGCUCGCCUACCUGGAUUUCUACAUGCGCUGCUGUCAUAUUUGACGAGCUUGAAACAAUCACCCUCCUACAAACCUGCUGCAGAUACAUGGUCUACAAAUGGAAGCGAAGAUGCAGACUCACUCAUUGAAGCUCUAAUACUCAAUUUAUCGACAAAUUCUCACGAUCUGCGGCUUCUUUCUCUCCGCCUUCUGGACCACUUAUAUACAGCCUCCACCAAUGUUGCCUCCGACGCCAUAUCCACCAUGAUUUUGAUCGAACAGACGCCGCUGGAUUUGCAAACUGCUCGGUCCGCCUCUAUGAAUAUCCGAAGGCUUGCUGCCCUCCACCGUACCCAUGUAUCUGACCGCAUUUUAUACCGAGCAAUCCCACACUUUUGCUUCGGCAUGCUUACUGUCAAAUUCGCGCAACUCUGGGAAGACGCUUGCGCCGCGCUUUCCGAGAUUGCCCAAACGGCCAAAGAGGAAGAUGUUAUUGCCGAAAUCGUAUUUAGUUGGUUGGAAGCUCCAUCAGCAUUGUGGGAUGGAUCAGCGCGGAAUGUCGAACACGCUCAGAAUUCUGGACUCACUGAUUUCGAGUGUUCAAAUUUGAUAAAUCUGCGGAAGCUUGCCUCUGAGGUUGAAACCGAGGCCAAGGAUGCCCGAGACGUUAUGAUCCGGCAGUUUGAAGAAUCGCAAGAACUUGUUGCUCCACAACCGCCUAUGGCACGUGCUCAGGCACUGCGUGUUCUUGCCAGUGUUACGAGUAUCGCUGAGCGCCGUUCACGCCAAUUUAUUCCCAUGUUCCUUUCAUGGGCGAAUAAGGAGGGCGAGCCAUAUCAGUCAGAUGAAGAUCCUAUCAACAUAAGCAAUUGGACGAGAAAAGAUCAGAAAUCUCAGCUAGAUCUCUUACAGAAGUUCCACAACCCUAGAGUUCUGUUCAGGGCAACAGAAGUAUUCGACGCUUUACUCGGCCUUCUGACAAAUGGAGACCUAGAAAUCCAGAAAUCUGCCCUCAAAGCUAUUCUAACAUGGAAGAUUCCUAGUGUUAGGCCUUAUGAGGAGAACCUCUUGAAUUUACUCGAUGAGGCACGUUUUAAAGAUGAGCUCACAAUUCUUCUCCAGGGAGACUCCCGGAUACAGUUUGAACAUAGGCAGGAACUUAUGCCAAUCCUCCUACGCAUUUUAUAUGGAAGAGCUAUUUCAAAGAAAGGCGCAGCUAGCGGUCGACAGGGCAUGUUAGCCACAAGGCUAACCAUAUUACGCAAUCUGUCAGUGGAGGAUAUUGGGUCAUUUUUGCAGAUUGCCCUUGGGGAGCUGAAGGACAUCGACGUUAUAAGCCAGUCUCGAGAUGAGCUAUUUGACAAGGAGAUACUAAGCGCCCGAAAGCAACUUGGUUUCAUGAAUAUGAUGGAAGGCACCUUGAAAGAGCUUGGCACAAAAAUGUCGCCUUAUACUAGCCAAUUACUAUCCGCGGUGCUCUACUGCUUGGUGUACUCAUCUCGCCAGCUCCAACGCUCACCCGACUCUAUCGACGACGAAGAAGACUUCACCAGCCAAACAUCGUUGUUAAAAUCUGUCCGCCAGACCGGAUUUAAAUGUCUUGUCUUGAUGUUUACCAACGACUCCACUUUUGAUUGGUCGCUGUAUAUGGACCUCAUAAUGAGCGAACUCAUCAGCCCGCGGUUGGCGAAACUACCAAUCGAAACUGCACAGAGUAUUUCCGGGGUUUUGCAGCUUUUAUAUACCUGGUCGCUGUCACCGAAGACUGUUCUCUUCCUUGGUGAAGAUGAUCAAACCUUGGUCACUGUAGCGGAGUGUUUAGCUCAGCCAAAGUCCAAGGACCAGGUCCGACUGUUUGCCCUGAGUAUUAUUGACAACGUGGUCGGUAUCGCCAAGAGCGACCUUCCUGAAAACGAAGAUCUAACUGGCCGCGUUAAAACGUCCUUACUUUCCAAGAAUAUGGACUCCUUUUUGGUGCCUAUUGGGGAUGUUCUUAGACGACAGCAGGAUAUCAGCAAGGGCCUUCUCGAAGCCUGCGUUGAAACUAUUUCUGGGCUUGCGCAAUUCGUUACCCAAUCUACGCAGGCACACAAUCUCGUGGAUAUCACUACUUUCUUGCUUGACCAGCCGACCAGGAGAGUUAAUCCCAAAACUAAGAGCGGACUUCUUUUGGUUCUGGAGCACUUUGUGCCACUGUACGAUCUUCAAGAUGACAGUGAGCUCAAGGACAGGGUCUAUAAUACUGUAACUUCGCUCUUUGGAUUUUUCCGAGACAGAAGUAGUAGAGAAGUUCUAUCCAGAGUUUUAAUCGUCUACUCUCGAAAGGAUCCUGUCCUUGAAGAAGUUGCAGAACUUUGCGUAUCAUUGAAUUCGUUUGCUGAAGGACGACUGGACGAGCCGGAUUAUGAUCGCCGACUUAAAGCAUUCAAUCUGAUAUCGGCGCCGAGGGAAAACCAAUUUACUGCUCACCAGUGGCGCCCUCUGCUCUACAACUUCCUUUACUAUAUCAGACACGACGAAGAGUUCGGUGUUCUCUCCUCAAAUUCGUCUGAUGCGAUUUGCAACUUCUUGGACAGCGCAUCCAAAGCGACGGAUGCCACCGAAAGUUCAACAUUCUAUGAUAUGUUGUCCUCCAUUCUAGUGCCCGCCAUUUUCACCGGCGCUCGUGAGGCAUCUGAGAUUAUCCGCCGAGAGUAUGUCAAGGUUAUGGCGCAUGUUGUAAAAACAUACCCUGACUGGACGGAAGUCAAUGAUAUGCAUACCCUUCUUCGUGGCGAUGAUGAGCUUGAAGGUUCCUUCUUCAAUAACAUUCUGGCUGCUGGUAAGGGGAGACAAUCGAACGCCUUGACUCAACUGUCAACGGCUUCAAAGGAUGGACUUAUAAGCAGUAAAAAUACUGCUCACUUCUUCAUCCCACUUCUUGAGCACUUCAUUUUUGAUAGAGCCGAAGGAAACGACGCGCACAACCUUGCUGCCGAGGCAACAACCUGCGUCGGCAUUCUUGCAGAGUCAUUGGACUGGCCUCAGUAUCGUGCUAUAUUGCGCCGAUUCACUGGAUAUAUCGCCACUAAGCCAACCCUGGAGAAGCAAAUUAUACGCCUUCUCGGUAAGGUUAUCGAGUCGCUGGCAGUCGCCGCAGACUCAAAGCACAGUAUCGUCGAUGCGGAAGCCAACGAUACUGCGAUGGAAGUUGACGACGCACCCACCAAGCCAUCGCUUUCCACCCUUGCCAAGUCACUUCCGAAAGAGCAAAAGUUCUAUGACGAUUUGACAGGGAACAUCUUGCCUCCACUGAUCGACUACCUACACCAUAAGGACGAAACUACCGUCAGUCUCCGUACUCCUGUUGCAGUCAUCGCAGUUAGGGUUCUUAAACUACUCCCUCAUGAUCAAAUGGCCGAAAAACUGCCCGCCGUUCUUACCGAUAUAUGCCAAAUUCUUCGAAGCAAAGCGCAAGAGGCUCGUGAUAUGACGCGCCAGACAUUAACAGACAUUUGCGUCUUGCUUGGGCCUUCUUGUUUUGGAUUUGUGCUGAAAGAACUCAGAGGCGCUCUGGCUCGUGGAUCUCAACUCCAUGUUCUGUCCUACACAAUGCAUUCGAUUUUGGUAGCUACAAUCCCGCUUUACUCACCCGGCGACUUGGAUUACUGCCUUCCUUCGAUUGUGGCUAUUAUCAUGGACGAUAUCUUUGGCAUUACUGGUCAAGAGAAGGACGCAGAAGAAUAUGUCAGUAAGAUGAAGGAAGUAAGGAGUAGCAAAUCCCAGGAUUCGAUGGAGUUGAUUGCGAAGACAGCAACUUUGAGCCGCCUUACAGAUCUUGUCCGCCCUAUCCAGGUCCUCCUGAAGGAAAAGUUGAACCUGAAGAUGGUACGAAAAAUCGACGAGCUUCUGAACCGAAUUAGCUCGGGACUGUUGAAGAACAGCGCAGCGAAGAGCAGAGACAGCUUAAUCUUCUGUUACGAAGUCAUUCAGGAUGUGUACAACAGCAACAAACCCCAAGCAAAGGUCAAGGAAGACUACCGCUUGAAGAAGUACUUGAUCCAGAAAGGAGCGAAAAGAGGCAGCAACCAAGGUAGCACUACCGUCUACACCUAUAAGUUGGUUCGCUUCGCUUUCGACGUAUUGCGAGCGGUGUUAAAGAAGCAUGAUAACCUUCGCGUUGCAUCGAAUUUGACCGGAUUCGUGCCAAUCAUUGGAGACGCCAUUGUUCAAGGAGAAGAGGAAAUCAAGAUUUCUGCCUUCCGUUUACUUACAACGAUUGUCAAGGUUCAGAUGAAGGCGACGCAUGAUGGCAGCAACCUUUACAAGGUCGCUGCCGCUGAAGCUCUCAGGAGCAUCAGUGCCUCUUCAUCAACCACGUCCGACGUUUCUCAAGCUGGCCUGAAGCUUGUCUCUGUCAUUCUCCGCGACAGAAACGAUAUUCCAAUUAAAGAUUCGGCCGUCGAUGGGUUGCUUUCGAGGCUGAGGGAAGACAUGACCGAUCCAGAACGCCGCCAUGUGACGUUCAAUUUCUUGCGCGCCGUUUUGGAUUCGAAGCUUGAAAGCGCCGUUGUUUACGAUACAAUGGACUAUGUUGGGACAGUAAUGGUGACGAACGAUGAUAAGGAUACCAGAGACCUAGCUCGUGGUGCUUAUUUCCAGUUCCUCCGCGAGUACCCGCAAAAGAAGAACAGAUGGCAGAAGCAAUUGGCAUUCAUUGUUGCCAAUCUGAACUACGAGCGAGAGGGAGGCAGACUGUCUAUUCUCGAAGUACUACACCUCUUACUCUCCAAGUCGUCGAACGAUUUCAUCCAGGAAGUCUCGGCAACUUGCUUCGUGCCCCUUGUUUUCGUUCUUGCCAACGACGACAGUGAGAAGUGCCGUAUGGCAGCUGGCGAAAUUAUCAAGGAAAUCUUCCGCAAAGCCGACAGCGAACACAUCACCACGUUCUUGAACCUCCUGAGAUCCUGGAUCAGGCAAGAAGACAAUACCGCAGUUCAACGUUUGGCUUUCCAAAGCUACGGCUUUUACUACGAAGCCCAAGACUCCCCGCCAGAUAACGACGUGAAUGAGCUACAAACUUGCAUCCAGCACUCGUUAAAGAACUCAAAUGGGACAGAGUCCGACUGGGAACUUCUCUACUCCGCUUUGCAAUUAGCGACGACACUGUGUGACAAGUUUCCAGCACGACUUUUGGCUGCAGGUGCCGUUGAUAUGUGGGCUUCGAUACGCACUUGCCUAACAUAUCCUCACGCAUGGGUCAAACUAUCUUCGGCAAAGUUGAUGGGAGUAUACUUCACUGACUUUGCACGCGCCAACAUGGAGUCUGGGCUGUCCGAACUGCCAUUGGUUGGAUCUAAGGGCCUUUCUUUGGAUGCAGACGACAUUAGAGAUCUCAUCCGCCGAACUGCUAGCAUGUUCAAGACUCCCGGGUUGACAGAGUUACUCGCCAAUGAGAUUGUCAAGAACUUGAACUUCCUGGGCCGUAUCGCCGCAUCCAGUUCCUUGAAAUGGAAGAAACCGCAGGCAGACGACGAUGUUUCUGACGACGAAGAAGAAGGAACCGUCCGCGAAGAUGGGAAGAAGCUAACAGCUCUCAACUACAUCUUUGGAAGAAUAUCUUUCAUCCUACGACGUGAAAGCUCUCCGCCACGAGCAGCAGUUCUGGUCCCCAAGACUGCAGCUCUGAAGCUGUCUCAGAUGCUUUGCGCCAAACUAGAUGCCGAGACUCUGGCCCCUUGCCUUGCGACCAUACUGUUGCCACUCCACAACUUGACCGAUCGAAACAUUCCAGUGCCAUACUCCACAGAUGAUCUGUUCAAGUCCAACUAUGAGAAUAUCAAGACCGAGUGCACGGAACUCAUGGAGCAAUUAAAAAUCAAGUGUGGCACAUCUAUCUACACGGAGCAGCUACUUAAGGUCCGACAAGGCGUCAGAGAGCGCCGAGAGCAGCGUUCGAGUAAGCGCAAGAUCGAAGCUGUUUCGGCGCCUGAGAAGUUUGGCAAGGAUAAGCAGAAGAAGGUUGAGAGGAAGAAGGAGAGGAGGAAGGAGAAGGGAAUGGAGCACAGAGAUUUGCGAAGGGGCUUUUAAUCUCUUGUAUAUAGGAUGCUAUGCGGUGUAUGGAGUUAUACAUGCCGGGGUUUGGAGGCAUGGCACAUGAUUGAUAUAGAGUUCAUUAUGUGGGUUUGUUAGUUGUUGCGAUAUAUAUGUAGUUCUAUAUCCUGACUAUAUUGUUGAUUUAUACAGCUU